GGCUAUCUGGUCUAUCCGGUGCAUUUGUAGAUUGGAUUGCUAGCUGAUGUAAAGAGAACCUGAAUUUUAUGUACUGAAAAAUAGUUCUACAGAUGCAGUAUCUCAUCCAUCCUCAAGAGGGAGCAUGUUUCCCAAAGUGCCAUGACUUUUCCCCCUUUUCUUUGGAUCCUGUAACUGGCGCCAAAUUAUAAAAUAUUUCCGCUAUCUGUAAGCAUUUUCUAAUAUUUCCCCAUGAAAGUGAAGUCAUGUAAACGGGGCCAUGCGUUUUAAAUUCCCACUGGCUUCUGCAUUCAGGUUUCGAGUUACUCUAAACAAUUUUUCUUUGGAAAGGAGGAAUGGACUGAAUGCGGUGUGGGUUUUUUCCUUCACCGAAUGCGUCAUCCAAACAUCACACAAGAAAACAUUCUGACGCGAUCGAACCAUCCAAAGCACCGAUUACGUCACCACAGUCACAUGAACACCAUCAAGUGUUACGCAAGUAUCCCGGAGUGUGACACGCUUUUGACAACUUUUAGACGGCAUUGUCGCGAUAAUUUGCCAAAGGAGGUGGAAUUCUAACAUGACGUUUGAAAAAUAGUCGCUACAAAGCCUUUCACGUAAACAGCUUUAUCGAGCACGUGGUAAAACUCCCGUUUGCAUGUCGCUCCUUAGUUCUUGUCAUAUUUGUGCGAACAUAAACUUUUCUUUCCUCGAAUAGUUGCGUUAAGUUCUAGACGCUAUGCUUGUUGCCUUUAUUUGGGAUGCUUUGUAGAGAACUUUUCUUUGACUGUAGCGAAAGACAAUCCGUAUAACUCGAUUUUUUGGUGACAUUUGUCCUCAUAUUCAUAUUGGUGGACGAUUUCCAUCGUCAUCGAUCCCGUCCAAUGAGCCACAUUCCGUGUUUUUGACGGAUCCCCGUGGCAUUGGUGUGUGUGGGCGGUUACUCGGCUCUGCGUGAUUCACAAACCUUAUUUGUUCCCACUACUUUGAGCGCCAUCUUGUUCGGAACUUCUACCCACUAGUUUGCACUCAAGGGGGUGUCCGGUUACCCCGCUCCUGCCCUCCUUAGCGCGGGGAUAUCGCUCUUUCUCUCAUUUGCUUUUAUACCGCAACAGGCUUUUCUUGCGUUCGCUUACAUCGCCCCCUGAGUUUUUUUUUGUUUGCUUUUGGACUGAGAAUCUUCCCAAGCGGACAGAAAUGAGCAUCGAAACGCUUUUGGAAGCCGCCAAGUAUUUGGAAUUGCAAGCCCAACAACAACAGAGAGCACGUGAGGAUGAACUGAAAGAGAAGCUGCGUCUGGAUCUGCUGACGGAGCAAAGACUGACCGAUGUCAACAAGUACAACUGCCGAGGCCACAUCAACAAUGUUUUUAAAGCGGACGAGCUUAUUACUGAGCGCCCCCCGGCCUCCAUACCGCCCUCCCUACCUCCCCCCUCCAUGUCCAUCGCAGUCAUCCCCAUUCCGCUGGUCAAACCCGACCCGGCAGCCUCGCCUUCUCUCCCUGUGGCCUUGCUCUCCCAUCCUGCUGCUCCCCAUCUAGCCUCCCCCAAAAGGGUGCCUCCUGCUCCUCAAGAACAAGGUGUCGUAGCUCCACCGCGUUCUCCCCAGCCAAAACUGGAUGACCAGAACCACAAACUGCCCUCCCAGAACCAUCAACAUCACCCAACGCAGCUCCUUGCUCAAGCCAACAGCGCUAACACGCAGCAGCAGACGGCGCACCAAAACCUCCAACGCUAUCCAGGUUCCAUCGUCUCGCCCCCCCAUCAGCCUGUAAUGCUCCUCCAGCCAGCACCCUUGGUGAAUGGCCUUGGCAGUCGGGCCAGUCCUCCUGAUGACGGACGCCUACUUGACCAAAAGAAACGACCUGGGGGGGCGGGUACAAGAGAAGUGCAUAACAAGCUCGAGAAACACAGACGAGCCCACUUGAAGGAGUGCUUUGAGACCCUGAAGAAGAACAUCCCCAACAUUGAUGAAAAGAAGACCUCCAAUCUAAGUGUAUUGAGAAGUGCUCUGAGAUACAUCCAGACGCUGAAGCGCAAAGAGAAGGAGUACGAGCACGAAAUGGAGCGUCUGGCCCGUGAGAAGAUCGCCACGCAACAGCACUUGGAGGAUCUGAAGAAUGAGCUGAGCCAGUGGAUGGACGUGGUGGAGAUCGAGCGCGUGGUGCGGCAGACGGCGCAGCCCGAAGAAGACCAGGCCUCCACUUCCACAGCCUCAGAAGGCGAAGAGGUAAUGGACGAGGACGACGAAGAUGAGGAAGUGACGGCGCGACUUCCGAGCGAGUCGCCUGCCAUCCCUCAGGCCCACAAAACCGAAAGUCUGCACCAGACGCCUCCCGUCCGCUCCUUGACUUUGCCAGCCCCCACCCCUUCCUUCAUCGCCCAUCACGUGUCGGCGCUGCAUCCGCCGCCCAAACCCCCCGUCCACGGUGCAGCCCCCACCACUGGCCAGCCCACUUUACACCCCACCGUCAUCGCCCACGCGUCCGCCUCGCACCCGUCCGUCAUCCAAGCGGUGAACCACGUCAUCCAAGCUGGGGGACCGAAACAUAUCGCGCAACUGGCGCCGGGGCAGCCGUCUAUCAGCCACAUCACUGUGCACCCGGUGGCCCACCUGAGCUCACACCUCCCCACCCUGUACCCCCAACCGGUGGCCGUCACGCAGCCUGCCUUGAUAAGCCACAUUGCGCACACUCUGGGCCACGUCAACGGCGCCGUCAGCCAGCCUCCUACCGCCAUCGUAGGCAAACAGACUGUGGUGGCCCACCACCCGCAGCUGGUGGGCCAAACUGUCCUCAACCCUGUCACCAUGGUAACCAUGCCAUCUUUUCCCAUCAGCACUCUGAAGCUCGCCUGAAGCUGCUCAGCGAUACCCCUCCGUACGAGACCGCCGCGCCGACAGCCAAGGAGGGCUCAGUGGAUCAACACCCUCACUCGUCAUGUCUACUGCUUCAGUCAGGGACAGGAAGGACCUGCUGGGGCGGACCAAUAGCAGGGCUCGACGUGACUCAUCCCGCCAUAAGCAGCAGGUUGAGAAUGGGAGUCAACAGAAGCCCCGCCCCUCUGCCAGCACACUCGUGCUUAUCUGCCGCAUUCAAAUUGUGGACUGGAUCCACUCCGGUGGUGUGGCGUUGCAGUCCUCAGGUUUGUGCGUGUGGCAAUACCGCCCCCCGCUGUCCACUGAGGUUCUGUAUCUUAGCAUAGGCACUCACUGCUCUACAGCUUUUGUGUUGGCUCGUUGAGUCAUGUGUUUACACUAAACCGUUGUUCCAUUGUUUCCCAGCCUUGAUUGAGCCAAAUCAUCUGACUUUUACAUUUUAGAAACAAAUCUCAUGGCACACCACCAAACAUAAAUGCCACCCAAACUAAAUAUGCAAGGUAAUUAUGUACCUUCUCUCAUCCAGUGGAAUAACAUUUAAAGGUAUUAUUUAUCGUCAAAUAAUUUUCGAACAAAUUAUGUGAAUUUGAACAAUUUGUAGCAGAAUACCUGUUGAGCUUUUGGCACACUGGUUGGGAAUCAAUGCUCUAAAUAAUAAAUGGAUGCAGAAACCGGUUCAACUCUUGUAUGGGAUUAUUAAAAUUGCAGUCAACUACGGAAGUGACACAUUUGGACUGUAAAUACUAGAUCAUUUGAUGUUACUAGCACUGUGAAACUCAAGAAUCCAAGCUGUUUAAAAUGACAUGAACCACGUACAACAUGCCAGGCUCUCUGUUGUGAUUUGAGAUACAAAUUAACCCCCCCCCCCCCACACACACACACACCUUUUUUUUAAUUAAUGAAAAAUAUGUACAUUAUGUUAACGAUCAUCUGUAUGUAAACUUUUUGUUUUUCUCAACUUCUGUCUACAUUUGUUUUUGUUUUUUUUGGGACCAUGUACUUACCUUUACGAAGGUUACAAAACAUGACAUUUGGCCAUUGUGCAAAAUAUUCUGUGUACUUAACGAAAUUUGUCUGGUUUGUUCCCAUUCCAAGUGAUUGGAAUUGCAAAGAUAAAGCUUUAGUUGUUGCUCUUCAGACUAUGUGCUAAUAAGCCUGGAGCAAAUAAGUUUGGAAUUAUGAUGGACCCCAACACAAAAUGUCUUAAAGUGGUCAGUGGUGAUGACACUGGAAGACAUGAGCAAUAUUACACGUGUGUUUUCCCUAUGGCGAAAGUUGUAUUUGUAAAUAGCCUAUAAAAGCUGGGCUGAAUUAGAUUUCACUAUUCUGAAAGACGCUGGGAAAAUUAUAUGGACUAAGAACUAUAUAAAACAUGACUUAAUAAAAGGUUUUUGUUUGAAAA